CAAUCUUCUCGCGUCACCCACAACUCCUCUCACCCUCAACUCAAUCAAAACAUUGUCAAAAUGCCGUUGGUCGUUCCAGGUAUCAUGUCCCAAGGUGGUGACAAGACUUCCGAGUGGAUGAACAAGCUCGCCGGAAAGAAAAUUGGCGACUCCUCGAACGAAACUACCUUUGCAAAGACAGACCUGCCCAAAGAACAUCGCGUACUGAAGGAGGGCGACUUCUCGACUGCGGACCACAAGCCCGAACGGUGAGAAAGAG